AAGUAUAAAGAGCUUAUCUUUAGCUAAUGAUAAUCUUUAUCAUUUUUAAAAACUCCUUGUUUAUUACGCGAUCGAUUGCUACGCUUCUUCAGUAAAGAACAGAAAAAAAUUAGUCUCUUCUCCAGAACUAUGGAAUUGAAAGAAGUAAUUCAGUUUCUUAGAUGGCUCGUAACUUUCCGAAGUCCAAAAGAAAUUUUAGUGGAUCAUACAUCUUUUCUGGCUGUUGAGGUGCUAUUUUAUAUUGGAUUUGUGCUGACUUUAAAACAUGCUGUACGAAAUGGUGGUCGAUAUUUUUACUUGUGGCUGGCCGCCCUGGUACAUGGACUAGCAGUUGAAAGCCUAAGCUACAUGAUUCCUGAUAUAGACAGUUUUUGGCACGCACAGUCUUCAGUGAUGCUAUUCGGACAAAGACUUCCGCUCCAUAUAGUGUGCUUCUAUCCUGUUUUAAUCUACACCGCUUCGGUCGCUGUAUCGAGGAUGAAGCUUCCAUUAUGGUCUGAGAUGUGCGCAGUCGGAAUCGCUAUGGUAGUUCUGGACAUUCCGAAUGACAUAAUAGGAAUAAAGCUUUUGUGGUGGACUUUCCACGAUACAGAUCCGAAUCUUGCUGAGCGUUUGUACUGGGUUCCAUGGACAAGCUAUUUCUUCUUCGGAGCAUUCAUGUCAAGUCUCAUAUUUUGUCUUCAUACAUUCAGAAAAGUGAUGACUGGAAAUAAGAAAUAUAGUGCUGGAGGACACUUAACAGGGAUUUGCUGCGCUAUAGCAUCUGGCAUCAUUGCUAUUCCUCUCGGUAUUCUGCAAUUUGCUUUGCUCUACCACAUUCCUCAUGAUAUUUAUAAAGUACCAGCGAGUGUCUGUACUAUCAUUUACUUGACAACUCUCUGCUUAUUAGCCUGGACAGGAGAUAGAAGUGUAGGUACUAUGACAAAACUGACGAAAGUGACUGACAAUUAUCAGAAAAAAGUGGAUGAACUUUUUCUUUUUGUUGUGCUAUAUUUCUCCUUCUUCGCAAUACUCACUUUUGUUGCACAACCACAAACCAUAUUUUCAGCGGGGUUCCAUCAACCAAUAGGGAGUUGUGAUGAAAAGAUUCCAGUUCACACUCCAAUUGGAAUGGUAAGAUGA